UCUCAGCAGCCCUGGACCAGCUCUUUGCAGGCAUUUGCUGCGGGCUCCAAGACGAGCACUCAUCAGCUGGUGCGUCUGGGCUGGGAGAGUGAAAAUGUUUAGUGUCAUCGGCGACAAAUACACGUACAGGGGACCCCACUAGGCAGGUUGGUGUGUCGGAGGGGGGGACCAGGAAGCCAGGAACGAAGUCCAACAUAGGUGCGGGCACACGUAUGUGUGGCCAGACACAUGUGUGCGUAGCUGUAAGAAACAACGUUAGCUUUGGUUUUUGUUUUGGUUCCUGGGGUGAAUUUUCUGUUGAAACUUUUUCCCUCCUGUUAAAAAAAAUUUUUUUUUUUUGCAUUUUAACACUUUGAAUAUAAAAAGUGUAAGACUCCAGCCUUUGAAAGGACUGAGGCGUGCACCAGACAGCAGAUGGAUCCAGUGGCCAGCAGCUGCAUGAGGGGCCCCCAUCCCCCGGCCCCGGUCUGGGGCUGCCUUCGAAACCCUCACUCGGAAGGCAGUGGGGCCUCAGGCCUCCCCCACUACCCGCCAACCCCGUUCUCCUUCCACCAGAAACCAGACUUCCCAGGGACGGCAACGGCAGCGUACCCUGACUUCUCAGCCUCCUGCCUAGCAGCCACCCCACACAGCCUGCCCCGGGAGGAGCGCGGCUUCACUGAGCAGCACCCCGCCUUCCCACAACCUCCCGACUGGCACUUUCCUGUCUCAGAGGCCCGGCAUAGGCUCAACCCGGGCCCAGCAGGGGGCUCCAAGGAGAUGGGGGCCAGCAGCCCAGGCCUGGUGGACACCACGGGAGGCCCAGGCGAGGACUACGAGGUCCUUGGGAGCACUGCCAAUGGGACGGAGAAGAAGUCAACCAGGCGGAAAAAGGAGAGUUCAGACAACCAGGAGAACCGAGGGAAGCCGGAGGGCAGCAGCAAGUCCCGCAAGGAGCGGACGGCCUUCACCAAGGAGCAGCUGCGGGAGCUCGAGGCCGAGUUUGCUCAUCACAACUACCUGACCCGGCUCCGGAGAUACGAGAUAGCCGUAAACCUGGACCUCUCCGAGCGGCAGGUCAAAGUAUGGUUCCAGAACCGAAGGAUGAAGUGGAAGCGCGUGAAGGGGGGUCAGCCCACUUCCCCACGCGGGCAGGACCCCGAGGACGGGGACUCUGCCGCCUCUCCAAGCUCAGAGUGAAAUUCUCCAGGGAGGAAGAAAAGACUGAGGACUGAGCCCCGUACCAGCUACCCCCACCCCAAUCCUACCUUCACCUUCUCCCACCCACCCAGGGCAGCCUCUCCGCCUCGCGCAGUGACUCUUGGAUGGGAAGCUGCCCAGGGUUCCCGGGAGCCUUGAAGUUUCCCAGAAAGCUCUGUCCAGCGUUGCUGUGUCUUAGCAGCCCCUUCCCCAGGGCCUUUGCUUCUCACAUUUCUCAUGGAGUCAGUCAUACAGCAGCCAGAAUGGACCCUAGUGAAUCCCGGGAAUAGCUCCAGGGACACUGUUUCUCGGAGUCUCAGCUACCACUCAUGAACACAGAUGCCCCCAAAGAAAGGAACGGAGACACACACACCCUAGACCACCCUUCCUUUCUGGGCUCUAUAUCUGAGGCUUUGGGGGACCUCAAAGGCCCCAAAACCCGAGGGGAAAUCAAUGUGAGGAAGUUGAGGUCAGAAACUUAGCUGCUACAAAUCAGAAGCCAUCCCUGGAUCCAAAUUUGCUGGUGAAAUGGGCAAGUUCAUGAUCACUAGCUAGAAGCAGACAGUCAGCAGAACAGCCUGGUGUAGGUCUCUGUGGUCCCCACACAGGCCUUUCACGCUGGCUUGACUGGGUUAGGAGAAUGGACCCAGGACAGCACCUGCUUCUUCAAAAUCAAUUCAGGGAUACACGCAGGACUGUUGAGCAGGACCCCCCAGAACACCGGAACAGCUAUUCCUUUUAAAUCUAUAAUUUCUGGAUUGAAAACCUAUCCAGAUGCUCACAUUAUUGGGGUGAGGGCUGGAGAGGGUCCCCUAUAUUCUACGAAUGAAGUGAUCGCUUCAUGAAGUGAUCAUGAAGCGAUUGAGGUAAAGGCUGCUGGGUGAGGACCUAGAAAUGUGGAACCCUGUUAAGAAAGUUUCUCCAGCUGCAAUGUCCUGUGCUUUCAAAGAACUCUGACCGCAAAUAAGGACCAAAAAAAGUCCCCCUAUCUCCAUGGGAUGCAUCUGAGGCCAUCCAAUGUGUUCCACAAAUGUUGUUAUGACUGGAAGAGCUACCACGUUUAUGUGUGUGGACUGCCCAGAUGCCCUGGGACUGUUGGCCAAACAACCUGGGGUGACUGACGCCUUGAGAGAGACCCCCUGCCUGCCUCAGUGCUCUGUCCCCCAACACCACCUGGUGUUGCAGAGGGAGGUCAGUAAGAGUUUGGAGCUCUUGUAUGUAGAUGUAAUCAUUCACGUGUAAAAAAAAAAAACGCACCUCCCCAUCCCCGAAAGGACAGACGCUGUGGAAAAUGAUUGCCAAAUGGCUGGUUAGAGCGUGUGUAAUUUUUUCUAAAGCAUACUUCAUCUAUUUUCUUUAGAUUACAUCAAGUUAACUGUGUAAGGUCAAUUCACUUAGUAAGAAAACUCUUCGAGAAAUAAAAUCAAUAAGAAAAAGCCAGGCUCCUCGCAGAGCUUUUUCCUGGCAGAGCUAAGAACCACAGCUCUGUGCACAGUCCUCUGAUGCUCAUGUGAUGAUUGGCCAGACAAGGUCUAGAAGCAACGAAGAAAUGGAAGAAAUCCUCUGGACCAAGGUAUCCCUUGGUUCCUCCAAAGGUGGCGGUGCAAAUGUAAUUGAUGUAAAAGAAAAAAGAAUCUUGUCUUCCUUGCAACUGUACAGUCUGCAUUUCCCAUUGAAAAAUUUUAGCUUUCAGUUUCUCUAACCCAUGGCUUAUCAAAUAGACAAUGUUCUGUAAACAAAAGAUGAACUCUUUUGUUAAUAAAGGAAUCUUGACCAUAAACUAACCAACCCUAAUUUUAAAUUCAAAGUUUGAAGAUUUUUGUUUUUCAGGGUACAACCAUAUACACCAACGGUAAUAAAAAAAUGACACAAGAAA